CCCCCUCCCGCCGCGGUGACGUCACUUCCGCCCUUCCCUUCCCGCCUGAGCGCUGAGAGGAGGACGCCGCCGCCAUGUCUCUGGUGAUCCCCGAGAAGUUCCAGCACAUUCUCCGGGUGCUCAACACCAACAUCGACGGACGCCGUAAAAUCGCCUUUGCCAUCACCGCCAUCAAAGGCGUGGGGCGCCGUUACGCUCACGUGGUGCUGCGUAAAGCCGACAUCGACCUGACCAAACGGGCGGGAGAGCUCACUGAGGAUGAGGUGGAACGCGUCAUCACCAUAAUGCAGAACCCGCGACAGUACAAGAUCCCCGACUGGUUCCUCAAUCGCCAGAAGGACGUCAAGGACGGCAAAUACAGCCAAGUCUUGGCCAACGGUUUGGACAACAAACUGCGUGAGGACCUGGAGCGGCUCAAGAAGAUCCGAGCGCAUCGCGGCCUGCGGCACUUCUGGGGGCUGCGCGUGCGAGGACAGCACACGAAAACCACGGGACGACGCGGGAGAACCGUCGGAGUGUCCAAGAAAAAGUGACACCAAUAAAGAAAGAGAGAGUUUCACACCA